GUUGAAGAAUACCUCUUCGACCAUGUGUUUUUAUACAUACAGUACUCAGCAGGUUGUGUAAAAACAAUGUGUUUGUUUGAUUAUAAUGUUUAUGUUGCCCUCUAGCGUCCGAAUAGUUUAACGUGGCUUCCCUCGUAUUUCAGACCACACUGAAUUGUUGUAAUGUAACAUAAAAAAAGACAACCUUAUCACUAAAAGCACGUAGACUGUUGUCAUGGUUACCAGACCAAUCCACGUGAAUAUGUAUGCUAGAUGAUGUGUCCUUCAUUGUAUUAUUUUAUUUUCAUAACUGCUCACAUCUCAUACGGGCAAUUGUAUUGUUUUGCAUUCAUAUAGUCAUCAUCAGUGAUUUGUUUUGUGUCCUGACUAGGUUUCAUUUAUUAGAAACCCCAAAGGUGUCUGUUGUUGACACCCCAGUGUUAAGUUUCCGUUCCACAUCGAAACAAAUGUUCCGAAAAGCGAGUGUGCUGCUGCUGCUAUCGUCAUGAAGGUGCUUCUGUUGCUCCUGCUUUUCCUACUUUCAUCUCUAAAAGGCGAGUGUGAGGCGAGGUCCUUGCAGGAGAUCUAUGUCAAGGCAGGUGACAUGGUGGUGCUACAGUGUCCUCAACUUGCAGGACAUCGUGAUGCGGGUGCUGAAGUGAUAUGGAUUAGCGAGAACAGCCAGGUGAUGGAUUUGAGCAACAUGUCAACUGCUCAGCAGAAACAGGCUGGCCUCAUGCAUCACGACAGGAGUCUUUUUAUUCUCACUGCUUCUGGAAGCCAUCAAGGGAACUACUCAUGCUUACAAAGGAAUACAAGCAGACAGUUCUGGUUCAGAGUGACUGUGUACACCACACUGAGCAGCGAGAUGGAGGACAGAACCCAGUACCUCAUGAUAUGUUACACCCAAGAGUCCUGCUCAUUGACCUGCCCUGAUGACAAUGUCCCUGACCCAAAUACUCCCAACAUUACCAGCUACGACAUUACAUGGCACAAGAUUGGAGAGUCAUUGCAUGAAGUUAACAGCUACUUCUCAAAUGUGGAAACCAAAGACCAUGGUGUCUAUACCUGCAUCAGGUCUUACCUGUAUGACGGCCAAAUCUACAACAUGAGCUUUACGUUGAUCUUGGAUGUCCAACCUCAUGAAACAAAUAUGGACAAACAUGCAGUGAUCACAUCCCCGCGGGCAAAUGAAACGAUUUACGUGGAUGUAGGAUUACCGGCGGUGAUCAAAUGUGAAGCCCUUAUGAAUUCAGUCCCCAGUGAAUUGUUUUGGUUGAGCGGUAAUACAUUUGUGGAAAUGAACGACUCUUUCCCAGUAUUCUACAAUUCUACAAGGGAAACUACGACAGAAGGAGAGAAAAACAUUGUAUUGCUUGUGUUCAAAAAGGUGACAGAGGAUGCUCUAUCAAAACAUUACACCUGUAAAAUGGAAUCCCUCUCUCAGCACUCAAGCUACGUCACCAUAUCCUUGGCGCAAAAAGAUCGACCUUCCCAUUUUUCUCUGGUCCUCUGUCCUGUGGUCAUCGUGGCAGUGAUGUCUAUAACUUUUAUUGUUUACGUCAAGUUCAAAAUCCAUAUCACACUUUUCCUGCGAGACACUCUCGGCUGCCAUAUGAGAAUCUCAGAUGGAAAGACCUAUGAUGUCUUUUUGAUGUGUUACAAGAGCGACACAGUGACAGGACUGAAUAUGUGUGAUAGAAAAUGGCUAGAGAAUGUUUUGGAAGAAAAGUUUCAUUAUAAACUCUGCCUCUAUGAUCGUGAUGUGCUACCAGGACAAGCUGUGGCCGAGGCUGUGUUAGAUUGCAUAGAAGAGAGUCGGUCUGUGGUUCUGAUGCCUUCCCCUGUGGAUGCAUUUUUGGAGUCAGGCUUGUUGAGUGUCGUCUAUGCGGCCCUCGUGGAACGGAAGACAAGCUUGGUUUUCAUUAAACCCGAGACCACAGAAGAGGCUCAAUCGGGUUCAGUAGAAGAGGCCUUACAGCUUCUUGAUAAGACUGGACACAGCGUCACCUGGGAGGGCUCCAGCUCCAUGUCACCUUCUUCCUCCUUCUGGAAAAACCUCCGCUAUCACCUGCCUGCAGCAUACACCAGACGUACUUUUCCAUUAGACGCUCUACCAUUUUAACUUGUGGAAACUUUAGGCACACUAUAAUGAGAUCUGGUGCAAAAAUUCAGCUUUUUACCGACACUGGUAGAGUUUGUGUGGAUGUAGAACUUUUACUGUUAAAUAACUGCAUAAACCAUAGCAAACCACAAGCAUUCCAACACUCUUUUAAGUUUAUUCAUAGAGCACCAUUCAUACAUCUUGGUAGUUCAUAGUGCUUUACAGAAAAGAAGGGUAAAAUACAUCCAUCCAUUUUCUAUACCGCUUAUCCUCACUAGGGUGAUUGAAAGUCAUAGAAGGCUAUUCCUUUGCAGCCCAUACAGUAAAUGUUCUAAUCUUAAGCCCAUCUGGGCUGCAUUGAAUUGGAAGUCUGUAUUGAAUGAUAUUAUAUUAGGUUAGUUCAGUGUGUAAAAAAAGAUUGCACCAUUGUAAAUAUGAACAAGUAAAUGCUAUUAUUGAAUGUUAUGUAUGUGCAUUUUCCUUGAGUAGGGCGGUGAUAGAUGUUCUUCUUGUGUGCAAGAACACUGAAUUUCCAUGAAGUCAUUGCAGAUGCAACAACACAGGAAACUACGAGGUCCUGCCUACUACUUACUUACUUAAAUUUAAAUCAGAAUCGAAGCUGCAACAAUCCAUGUGUUAUCAUUCAAAUCUUCAGGAUGCAAACU